AUGGAGCGGCGCCCGGGGGGCGGCACGGACCCUAGGGGAAGCAGAGGAGGUGGUAAACAAAGCAGCCCUGGCGCCCGAGCGGCGGCGGCGAGCGGCGGGGGCGGCGGCGGUGGAGGGCAGUGGCCCAGCGACCCCGGCUGGGCUCGAGGAGCCGCACCCACACCCACACCUGUGCCGCGGGGCGGAGCACCAGACCCCGGGACUCCCGGGAGUCUCGGGGGAGAUGUGCUGGAGGGGUCUGCCCAGGGCGGCGGCGGUCCCCAGCCCGAGGGUCCCAGCGCCAGACAGUUCCUGGCGCGGCUGGAAGCUCGCCCCCUGGCGGCCCGAGCUGCGGCCGACGUGGCGGCGCUGGUACGCAGGGCCGGCGCCACCUUGUGCCUGCGCCCCAAGGAGGCCCUUAGAAUACCGGAACGACAAUGA